UUUUCAAGUGGUAACAGCUACUGUCAUGCAAAUCGCCGAGACAUGCAAAUAAAUCGUUGAAAAGCUACCAGUAAUUAAGCUGACGAGAAAAAGCGAUUGAUGUUUUUCCAAUGAACCAUCACGCGAUAUCGCUGCAUACAAAUGGUUUUCUUUCUAACAAGAAGACGGUACUUUUGAAUAUAAGUACAAUUUGGCUAUUGUUUCUAACGGUUUACCAAGCAACCGUUAUAUUUUUGCUAUCUUCGCACCGAGCCGCCUUAGUCCUUGUGAUGAAAGGCCUUGAUAUCUGAACGUUUUUCUCUUUGUCUCGCAGGUAAUCAUCGAUACAUGAUUCAUAACAAUCUUUUGAAAAUUGAAGACCAAAACCGAGUUCAGCGGAGCGUGUUGAUUGCCAGGAACGCAGGCCAAUUGUUCAGUAAUACGUGUAAUUGAAAUUUUGAAAUACUUUGAAUUAAUACAUUGUCGUCAGUGGCAGAAUAAUGAACCAAGCACAAGUGGAAAUGAAAUGAUCACGUCUAGAUGAAAUACCGCACUUGUUUCAUCGGCUACUAUUCGUCUCUCGGCGCACGAAAACUACGAGAUUGUGAAAUCUCUCUCAUCUGUGGGAUUUGAAGUGGACACGGCUUCAAUGCUUGCAAUCUGUAUUUGCUCUGCCGCAAUGGCUGGAAUAUUGUCCAUGUUGGCGAUGGUUGCUAAUGGUGUUCUCCUUUAUGUGAUGUACAAAGACCCGCUACGCUGCUUUCGAAAGCCAAUUUCAGUUUUAAUCGCAGCACUGGCAGUGCAAGACUUCUUAACCGGUUGCGUUAUAGGGACUUUACACAUUCGCAACGAAAUCUCUUGCAAAACAAUUCAAGAAAGAACACCAGUGACUGGAAGCUUUGAAAGUGUCAUUGGUUUAUUUUCCAUAAACAAUGGCACUUUGCUUGUCAUGGGCCUCUCGGUAGAACGCUUAAUCGCCGUAACGCUGCCGUUUUAUUACCGCGCCACGGCAAGCGGUAGAAAAACGCUGUUGUGCGCAGUUUGCAUCGUAGCAUAUUCACUCGUAUUUUGCCUGCUCCAGUUGACUGGCAUUCCUGAGGGAAUUUAUUCCGUGUUGCAGCUUCAUUUGAAUAUGACAUUCCCACUGAUCGCAGUGUUGAUUUUUAACUUCGCCCUUCUCAGAGUGUUGCGUGGCUACAGAAAACGAGUUUGUUCCAUGAGCUCGGACGCAAGUGACAGUUCCUUUUCCGCCGCCGCUGAGAAGAGAAUCGACAUCGACAAACAGUUUGCCUUUACUGCCAUUUUAAUAGUCCUGUUCCUUGUUUUAUCACAUUCGCCAUAUUACUUAAUGACACUAAUUGAGGCCCACUGUUCACAUUGUAAUGGGGAAUGGCUCGUGGCAUGUCGCCGCAUUUCGCUACCUUUUCUGUUUAUAAACGCCGCCUGUAACCCCUUUACGUACACGUUUCGCAUUCCUCAAUGUCGACGCUCGCUCAAAGUUCUGUUUCUCAGAAGGCAGGACACGGUGGAAGUUUCCCCAAGGAGUCCAAAAACUCCAAACUCCUUGCAAACUACUGCAGUGCUACGAAAGUGGUCCAAGGUUAGUGCCACAAAUGGACAAGUCAUUGAAACGUUCACAGAUGAAAAUCUGCCCGACGAUUUUGGUAUGGGCAUUGAUAAUCCAACAGACGUUCUCGAUAUUGAUUGUGAAGUGUGGGACACGAAACUUUAAUAACGUGACCUCUGCAAAGAUGUCCGAAGCUACAAAAUCCGAGAAAUAAAUACACUCUUUUUUCUUUUUUCAGAAAACUGCUUUUCCGGCGCAGGCUAAAUAUUCUCAUUUUUCUGCCGAUUUUGGGCCGAAAUAUUCUUGUGAAUAUUGUUAGAUUAUAGUAAUACAGAGUGGACUAUGCCGAUAAAAUGUCAGAUUAUCUGUCCUAUCAGUACAUGGGAUUGGCGAUGGCGUUGAAGUUAAGUAAUUUUGGAUCCAAUUUACAGGCAAUAAAACCAGAUAUGACUGACACACAUAACUUCUUACAGAAAUGUUGUUAGCAUCGAACAUACGGCUAGUUUUUGAUUUUUGUUUUUUUUUGGCUAGUUUUACCGUUUAGAGCUGAGAAAGGAAAAAUCUUAUACGGUAUCGUUAAAAACACAGUAAUGUUACAUUUACAAAUUUUCAACACAAAAUUAUAUUCUUUUGACAA